AUGGCGGCCGCCAACUACGAAGCGGCCAUCGCUCUCAUCGACGAAGCUCACGCCCAGGAUCCCAAUGUCACGAUAGUAGACGGCCAAGACGUCCCCUACGAACUGCACUACGCCCAGCAGAUGUCGCACUACCUCAGCCUGCGCGCCCCCGACGCCUCCCCGAUCCUCAAAGUCGCUAUCCGUGCCCAGCACUUUCGCAGGUGGGAGGUUCCCCGCGGUUCCUACCCCAUGACGAAGGCCGGAUACCUGAACUGGCGCUCCUUCCUGAAGAAACGCCAAGCGGACCUCGCGGCUGCGGUCUGUCUGGGGUGCAACUUCAGCGAGGAGGACGCGGCGGGGGUGGCGAGGUUGAUCCGGAAGGAGGACCUCAAGAAGAAUGAGGAGACGCAGAUCCUCGAGGAUGUGGCGUGUCUGGUGUUCCUCGAUGACCAGUUCGAGGCCUUUGAGAAGGGACACGAUGAGGAGAAGAUUAUUGAGAUCUUGAGGAAGACGUGGCGGAAGAUGAGUGAGAGGGGGCGCGAGCUGGCGUUGCAGCUACCAAUGUCGGAGUCGAGUAAGGAGUUGGUGGGAAAGGCGUUGGCAGGAUGA